CACCUUCGACAUCUGUGAGUCGAAGGCGGCGUUUCUUCCUUCUCCCACCUCCCUCCACAUGUCCAAGGCCUCUUGACAGCUGCAUUCAUCCUCUCAUCGCUGCAUUCAUCCUCUCACCGCCAGCAGCGUUUCAUCUGCGAUUAUGGCUACCACAGUAUUGUCUCUCCCGGAAGAGCUCGUUGACAGCGUCUGCCAGUCCUUGGGAAAGAGAGAUGUUGUUAACCUGCGUGCCACAUGCAGAGAGCUAAAGGAGAAGACCUAUCACCAGUUUGCGGUGAAGCAUUUCAGGGAAACCAAAAUCAUGUUUACGGUCGACAGCCUCCAGUCUCUCAUCGAUUUCGCAACUAGCGCGACUUUCGGCGCGAACAAGAAGCUAUUCGGCUCUUGCAUACGCCAUCUAUGUAUCAGCGCUGCCAGCUUCCCGUCUCAGACCUUGGACAAGGUGAACGGGCUGCCAUUGGACAAAGAGAAGGACGACGUGUACCGCUUCUGGAAGGAUGCGGACGCCGAGAAGGAUAUGCAGAGAGUCAAGAAGCAGCGUCGAAAAGCGCAUGCUCGCUUGAUGCACGAGCAGCGUACGCUACGAAAGCAGAGCAAAGACGUACAGCUGCUGGCAACAGCGCUCUCCGGCCUCGCAGCUGUCGACACAAUCUCAAUUGUACCCGCGCAGAUACCCGAUGCCCACAUCGAAUAUGAUUCGAUCUACAACAAGCUGCCGUGGGGCAUGGAACGCGUCCGUCAAGCGAUUGGAUUCUAUCCGGAGUCUGACAUCAAAACCCGCUCGUACUGGUCCAGCGAAGCUGGCAACCUAGAGAAGGCCUAUCAUGAGAAUGCUGCUUGGAUUGUUUGCGCUACUCUCUCCGCUAUCGAACGCAGCGGUAUCAAGAAGCUGAAGACUUUGGAAAUUCUAGUACCGUUCUCCUUGGAUCGUAAUAUCCCGAAGAACCCAGCAGUGACGAACAAGACACUGAUUCCAUCACGAACCAUCUCCGAUGCCCAUUUCGAAUCUCUGCGACACAGUUUCAGCACGCUCAAAACUCUCACUAUCUCGGUCGAAGAGCAUUACAGCCGCGGCCAGCCAAGAGCCAAAUCUCUCAAGUGGGUUCAUCGCUUCACUGACAUCUGCCCCAACGUGGAGAAGUUCUCCUUCUACGCCAACAACAACGAAGCGACCAGCGUCUACAGUGACAUCGUGAAAGGCCUGGCUUUCCCUCAUCUCCGGAGUCUCGCUCUACUCCGCGGGCCCAUCACAUAUGAAGAGCUAGGGCAGCUUCUUACCACCUACUCGUCGACACUCGAACAUAUAUCACUCGAGAAGGUGACGUUGCGUACGAAAGAUUGGGUCCAGGUGCUACAGAUGCUGAAGGCGCUACCACACUUGAAGCUACUUGAACUAGGCAAAGUGAUGUACGUCACCCAGAGAGAGGGCAUUACGUACUACUGGAAUACAGAGAGGCCCCUUGCUGCUCGAAACAGCUAUUCGUUAUGGUAUGACCCAGGUGCUCAACCAGGACAAAAGGACAGACUCCAGAUCACCCACGAAGCUGGUCCGGAAAUGGUAACGAGGCUGGACAAGCAGAUCUGGCUCCAAACCCCGCCCGAAAUUGCGAUAGAGACCGGAUGGUAGAGAUGGGCUUUUGGCGAGGCUUGGGCGUUGUCUGACAUGUCCUGGCUCAUCUACUUGUCUCAAAUCGAGGUGCUUCUACCUCUACGAUUUUACUUGGAUCACAGAAGCCCUGCGAUUGCAUCACUGUAUACACUAUGAAUUAGAGGGCUUCAGUCAUCUUAACAGUGUGCACAAGAAUUUUCUCAUUCAUGUAUUCCACGCUUCCACCCCCGACAGUGGAACAGUGGUAUACACAGAUAGCAUGCCUCUGAUUUCAAUAUCAUAAAAUUGUAACUUUCAUUCCUUC